UGGGAGGGCCGGGGCGGCGGGGAAGUGUUCUGUCGCUACCUCACUGCUUCCGGGACACCGUGCUCCCCAGUCAGCGGUGGCACAGAUCGCGCUGUACCGGCUGCUAAGUUGCGUACAGGAGGCAUGAGUGAGUGCGGGGCUGCGGCAUGGAUGAGGUGCCGGCAGCCGAGGCGUCCGCGUCAGGUGGUGACACAGGGGCAUCAGUAUCGCAGGUGCCCGGCACUGUGGCAGCAGCCAAGGAAGGGGAGCUCGGACUAGCUCCUGACAGCGCACCGGCGGCGGUGACCCCAGAGCCCGGUGACAAGGAGCGCGAUGGGGUGGCAGAGAAGCUGCCCUCCCCCGGUCCGGCCGCCGCCCCCAUGUCGCUGCUGAGGAUGGAGGAGAAGCUCUCCGCGGGCCAGUACCGUGACAUCGGGGACUUUGCAUCAGACUUCAGGGCGGUGUUGGAGGUAUGCUACCAGCUGCACGGCGCCGAUCACUGGCUGUCCAAGCAGGCCCAGAAACUGGAGCUGAUGCUGGAGCAGAAGAUGUGCCUGCUGUCCCGGAACGUAAGAAAUAAAACCUUGGCAACAAGAACAUCGAAGAACCGAUAUGAACUCGAAGAAGAGAGAGAAUCCGCUUGCACUUCAACUAGACGUAGAUCCUCAACAAGAAAUGUGUGCAACCUAAACACUGGGGCAGUUGAAUCUGUAAUGGUGCAAGUCCUAAAACAAGCAGAGUUUCUUAGAGCAAAGGAAGAAAAGAGGAUUAAGGAACAGGAGAGGAAGGAAGCGGAGGAAGCCAUCCAAAAAGAAAUGGAAAAAUGGGACAGAAGCCUCUUGGCUCUUGCUGAACCUACAUGUAUGGAGACACUGUGGGAAAUACCAGCCAUAGGUCAUUUUCUUUGCUUAGCACAACAAAUUCUAAAUCUUCCUGAAAUAGUUUUCUAUGAACUGGAACGUUGUUUGUUGAUGCCUCAGUGCAAUCUGUUUUUGGCAAAGAUAAUGACUUCUUUAUUGAGUCCUCCACAUCGCAGACCAACUUUGCAUCGCAGGCCCCACCUCCCAUACCGAGCCUGGGAGGCUGCACUUAGGCAGAAGGUACAGCAAUGGUAUACAGUUAUAGGUCAGGCUGAAAACCCGGACAGAUGUGCUGAGAAGCUUGGACUGUGCUCUCAGUUUUUCAAGGUCCUUGGUGACGUUGAUCCAUUUGAACAAAAAACGUUUCACGAGCUGACAUUUUAUCAAAAGGUUUGGUUACUGAAAGGUCUCUGUGACUUUGUGUAUGAAACCCAAAGUGAAGUGCAGGAUGCUGUGCUAGGGCAACCAAUUCAUGAAUGCAGAGAGGUGAUUUUAGGAUAUGAUACCCAGGAAAAUGCUUACAUUCAUUUCCCUCAGUUCUGUGGUGCAGAUGUGCGAGUGUAUAAACAGAGACCAUUUAAAGCACCAGACUUUCCUAUUCCUCCAAUUAAAAUAAAAAGAACUCCUCGAGCAAAACUCUAUAGGUCCAAAUGUAGAUACGCUAAGAAAAACAAUGGUGAAGUUAAAUCUGUUAGAACGAACUUGGAGAAAUCUUUUGAGUUUCAUGAUGACUGUUCUGCAAGUUGUUACAUGGGAGACUGUAACAUCAAUUCAGAGCAUGAUGUGAAGCCAAGCUGUGAGCAUGAAGACCACAGUCCCUGUGAUAUUAGUGAGACCACUUGUUGCAAAGAAAAUUUAGCAAAACCCAUUAGUCCUGGAGAACUUGUUGGCUAUGGAGAACCUCUCAGUCCAGGGGAAAUUAGGAUUCUUGAAAAUGUAGAUAAAUAUGCAGAAGCAACCUUACUCAAAGCUGACACUAAUUCAUUGAAAGGAAAUGCACUUAAAACGUAUCAAGUCCAUGUGAAUGGAAACCACACUGACAGCACUGAGGUCAUUUGCCAUAGAGUGGCCAUGGAUAUUAUCUUAGACCAUUCUUUGCUGAACCAUGAGCAGCUGAAACUCCAUAAAAUUAGAACAAAAAAGAAGAAAAAGAAAAAAGUCAAGUAUAUUUUGCAUGAAAACAUACAGGGUAAAUGUGAAAGUGUCCAAGCGCACACAUUCAAAUCUUUUAAGACUGAAAUCCAUAACAAGUUGUUUCUUAACAAAAAGAGAGCCAAGCACAAGAAGCACAAGUCUGGAAAAAAAGCUGUAUCCAAGAAAACAAUUGUAAAGAAGAAGAAAAUUGCUGCAAGUUCACCCACUGCUCCUGAAUUCCAGCUUGUCUGUACCAAUCUCGAUGAACUCAGGGAAUUGAUAAAGAAAAUAGAUGGAGAGUUUAAAAGUUUGGAGAACAAUAAAAAGAAAUCGGUAAAGUGGCACACCAGGAGACAAGGUGUAAAAGAGCUGCAUAGCACCUUGACGCGUCUGUUAAAUGAACUGUUGCCAUGGGAACCAAAGCUACUGAAAGCUUUCCAAAGAAACCGAGCACGCCUGAGAAAGGACUAUGAUGAUUUCCAAAGUCUAACAGAUUCUGAGAAUCUUACCAGGGAAUCAUGUUCUCGUGAAGAUAGUGUGGCAAACAAAUCUCCAAGUUCUGUAGAUAAACCAUUUGAACUUUGUCACCAGGAAAUACAGAAGAACGAAGGUCUUGAUAAACUGGAGUUGACAGAGAUGGCCAUGGGUGGAAAAGGAAAGUUGUCCACAUCCCCAGCAAAAAGUUGUAAACGUCCGUACAAGCAAUGCAGUCAUGCUGAUCAUGAAGAACAAGAAACUUUGCAGAGAAAGAGAAUACAAUUAAGCACACAUGAAAAAUUGCCUAUAUGUGUGGCACAAGGGACUGAUACACAUAAUUGUUUGCUAAGAGACUGUCCAAAAAUGGAAGUGGAAGCCCCAGAAAUAAACACAGAGCGUAUUGGUGUGCUCAAAGGGACCAAGCCUAUUCAAGCUUUGCUAGCAAAAAAUAUUGGGAACAAAGUGACCUUAACAAGUCAUCUGGCACAGUCUACCAGCAAACCUGUGCCUUCCUCUGAAUGUACAGCAAGCUCACCCACCAACCAGAUCCCAGUGAAAUCUGCACUGUCUUGUCAACCAUCGUCAAAGACUCCACUACAGAUGAUUUACAAGCUCCCAGAUGGGCAGUGUGUCCUACAGAACUCCCCAGUAAAAAUUCAGGUGCAGCCUGUGAUAGAUGCUAAAACAGGAGACAAGCUAAUGCAGCAGUUUCUUCUUCUUCCUAAAAAUCUUUUUAUUCAGCAAAAAGAUGAAACAACAUCUAGCGAAAGCCAAUGUGAUGUAGCUGGACCAAACACUACAUCCAAUGUUCCAUUGCCCAUUUCCUCCACAGGUUAUGGUAAUGCAGAUAAAAUAGCACAGCUCACCACAGCUUUUGACAAGAGUAUGGUACAUUCCACAAAGUGUCCAACUCUUCUUGUUUCCCAACCACCAAUAUCAACCGUUGCAAGCAGUACAUCCGUAUCAAAAGGUGAAACAUGUAAUAGCAAUACACUUGUUUUGCCAAAUAGUUUCCGAACAUCUGUAGUGUCUUCCAGUAUGUCAGUACCAGUUCCUUCUGACGUUGGAGGUGUGACGUCUACUACAGAUAACACUGGUGUGAAUGGUCACAUAGUUAAUGCUGCACCUGCACAACUAAAAGAUGCAGCAGAAGCAAAACAGGAAUUAAAAACUAUAUGCAUUAGAGAUUCUCAGUCAAUUCUUGUGAGGACACGAGGUGGCAAUACUGGAGUUGUGACAGUACAGCCGAGCCAAGAUCAGAGUUCCUCUGUUGCCAAUUCAAUUUUUACUUUUACACCGCAGCUUCAGUCAUUGUUUGUGUCAAGAUCUAAAACCUCACCAUCUUCUACUUUUAUUUCUACAACUACAUCUCCUGCUUUAUCUCCUGGCUUGCAGGCUCCACAGAUCUCAUUAGAGCCUGCUGGUAAAAACCAACUACCAGAGUUAAACACUAAAUCACCCCAAGACCAGCAUCCCAGCACAAGAGUCUCCUGUCCAAUAGCUGAUAAACCCUUGCAGUCUUCUAAUUUUGUCACCACUGUUUCGCCUAGUUCUUGGCUUCCUACGAAGACAAAUAUUACGCCAGGUAUUGUAAAUAUUUCACCUUACAAAAUUAGUGAACAGGACAGCAGGCCCGUUAACAACAUUUCAACAGACCUAAAACAAGGCAAGAUCGGUAAUAUUUCUGUUGUGCAGCCUGACAGUACUACCCCUUCAAAGAAUGAGUUAGUAUGUGGACCUUCCCUUCAUAAAGUCAUGCUGCUGUCGCCGCCUCCCAUCCUUUCAGCUGGAAAUGCCCCGAAAAUAAGCAUGCUCACUACGCCAACAUCGGCAGUUAACGCUCAGAAGUUUGUUUUUAUUAACACUCAAGUUCCAACCAGUUCAGCAAGCACAAAUGCAGCACUACAAGCCGCAAAACAGGCUAAUCCUUCUAUUAUUAGCAAAACAUAUGCCAAGCCACCUGAACAGCCACAAAUUAUCUUUAUUCCAUCCACUAUUGGUUCAUCACUAAAAAAGAGCUCUGCACCUAUUAUUUCUCAAGUUAAGGAUGUCAAUAUUGGUUUAACUAUAGGACAGACUAUUGUUAACACCACUGGUGGCUUGAAAAAUGUGCUACCAAUCAAUAUAUUACAGAAUACAUUGGGCAAAGGAGUGGAAAGCAUCAGUAAAGACAUUGCAUGUACUGUACCUUCUACAAAGAGAUCUACGGCAUGUGCUGUUGUAACAGCACCUAAUCCUGUAGGAGCACAGUCUAGUACCACAGAAAGAAAUAUGAAAGACUUCUCAAAUGCAUUGACAUCUUUGUCAAAUAGAGUGUGUUCAUCAAAUAGAGGGAGUUCUGUAGCUAUAUCAACUGUGAAAACUGGACAUCUUUCUUCAUCCGUUUUAUUGUCAACUACACAAAUGACUGGGCGUGCACAUAACGCAUCUUCCUUGCAAAUGCCAGUAACAAAUACUAUUGGGGAGAGUUUACAUUUAGGAACAACUCCGAUGGCAGCUGCUUAUCAGCCAAUACCAAAUGAGCUAAUGGAUAAAACUGAAUACUCAGCAGAAAAUUUCUCCAAAGAUUUGUCAACACAUGUCACCAAGCCACAGGCUCCAUUGACUCCUUUAGUACCUACGUUAUGUAAAUCUGGCUCCGGGUUUCCUGCCUCUCAACCUGUACCGCCAUUAUCUACAACUGCAAUAACCCAGUUAAAACCACAGUUAGAUGACUCUUGCACUCAUCAGAAGCUGGUUAUUAAUACUAGUACACCACUGGCACCUGGAACUCAAAUAACUAUUAAUGGUAUGCGCUUGAUCGUUCCUCCUCAAGGACUGAGAGCUGGAAGUCAUGUCCUUCUCAUUUCAACAAAUAAUAGACAAGGGCUUUCUUUAGUAGGUAACAGUGUACAAAUGUGUCAUCGAUCUCCUCUAGAUACUCCCACCGCACAAUUUGCAUCAAAACAAAACUUGUCUCUAGUGCAGCUUCCAGGACAACCUUUUAAGAGUAUGCAUUCAUUUACCACGUCUAACAUUUUACCUUCAGUACAGCCUGCACCUCAAAUUGUAAAUAUGUCUUCUAAAAUUGUCUCUCCAUGUCCUAUAUCUUCAGUGAAUAGUUCUUCAUCAAUAACUGUACCUCAACCACUUCUUGUUCCAUGUAUACAAAGAGGCAGCUAUCUACAGCCCAAUAACAUGACCCAAUUUUCUAGAGCUACAGCAGUCCAGGAAGGAGUCGUUGUAAAUAAAUUAAACCCCCCAGGUAAUCUCUUGCCUACUGCGAUUAUUUCAGAGAAUAAGGUGGCGGAUACUGCCCUUUUUGUGUAUCCGUCUUCAACCUCCGAAAAACCAAACACUGUAGCAUCUUAAAUCAGACUAUAAUACAUGAAGAAUUGAAGUACCUUUUGUAGCACUUACUUUAUGUUGAACUUAUGAGGCGUUGUUGGUUGUUUUAUAUGCUCUUCAAAUGAGUACAGUUUACAUGGUUAAUCUGCAUUACUGGUUGUAGUUUUCAUUUGUAGUUUACUUUUGUAUAAUCGAAUGCUGAAAUCACUUUUCAGUAAAUAAGAGGGUUCAUUUUGACCAGCCAAUACAGUUUCUUGUUUGACAUUGAUAGAAUAGCUAUUUGCACACUUCUAUUUGGACUUUUUAGCAGUUUGUUUAGCACAGUGUUUGUCUUUCUAGAUUUUGUAAAAUCAUUUUGUUUUGGGGAAAAUAUGAAUAUCUGUAUUAUGAUAAUUUCAGGCUAAUAUGUAAAAUUGUACAUAUUCUUGACCCUUAAGUCUUUAAAAAAAAAUCUGUAUAAAGAACAUUUGUCUUAUUUAUGUUUACAUAAUGUAUAGUUUUUUUUUUUAAGUAUCUUAGUAUAUUUCAGAACAGUGUACUGUUUAGCAUUAAUGCAGACUAUUCUGCAUGUAGGAAAUAAAUACAAGUCACUGUGUUAACA